AUGACCUCUGUUGUCGUUGUGUCCGCAUCCUAUGACAAGCAGAUACGACUCUGGGACGCUACCUCGGGUCGUACCGUCAAGAGCUUUGUCUUCCAGGACUCCCAGAUCAACAGCCUUUUUUUGCUGCCUGAUACGGGCUAUCUAGCCGUGGCAGGCUUCGGGGCUCUGCGCCUGUAUGACCUUGGCACCUUCCUGCACAGCGGUGGUGGCAGCGGCGCGAGGGCUGGCAGUGGUGCAAGCCCUGGUGGCAGCAGCAGCACGAGCCAGGCCCCGCCAAUCUACUCCUCGUUCGAGAGUCAGAGUUCGAUGAACUUUACGAGUCUAGCGGCAGUACCACUAGUGCACAACGGCAACAACGAUGAGCAGAGCAGCAGCCUCUCUGGCUCGAUACAUCAACUGGCUGAAUCGGCAUCAUCGAUUAUUAUGAACGAUCGGCUUCUCAAUACCGUUGUCAUGACUGACAAAGAGCUUCGCGAGGCCGCCUUCCUCCUUAUCGCGACGAGCGAGGAUGGGCACAUCCGCUUCUUCAACACCCAAUCCGCGGUGACGCUGCGCCUCCUAAAGGACAUUGCAACGGGAGCUGCUAUCACCUGCAGUGCCGUGUCCCCAGACCGUCGUUAUCUGUUGACGGGGAAUCAGAUGGGCCAGGUAUCCAUGUGGCAUCUCCCCUCCAUCGUCGCCAGCAUCGCGCUGGACAUGAAGAGCCACGCUCACCACAAAGCUACUGCGCCGAACAAGGCGUCGGAGUGCAGCCCAGACACCCCGGCGGGCGAAAGAAGCGCCAAGGCAGGGGAAGAUCAAAGCGCCAAGGCUGCAAAGAUGACCACAGCAGAGGAAGAGCGCGCAAAGGCUUUUGGCCGCACGCCGCUGCAGGACAUCAACUUCGCCAACGACUAUAGCGCCAUCCGCAGUAUUGCCAUAGAGCCGCUUGGCAGGUGGGCGGCCGUGGCUACCAACGCUGGCAAGGUGCAUUUCAUCCGACUCGCCCGUGAUGUUUCGGUGCGCGGGAGCAAGGCGGUCACGGCGUCUGGUCGAAGGAUGACGCAGGGACUGACCACCGGCGCCGACACCAGCAAAGACCUGCAGCUCACCCUACAAGAGAGGCACGAGCAGCGCGUCAUGAGCCCAUCUGGCUCCCUGCAGACAUCGCCCCAAAGGACUUAUGGGCAAAUCACAGCUGCCGAAAACACCUCUGGUGUGACACCGUUGCAGCUGGCACUGACAGGGGGCAUUGGUUCCCACGGCGAGAGCGGGGUGGCCAGCAGCAACUACCACGGCCCACGUGAGACCAUCUACCGCUCGGCUUUGGUGGUAAAUGAACUCAGCUCAAACGCGAAUCGCUCCUCGGACGCGGGUGGGGAUAGCAUCAGCGGUGGCGGUGAGUCGGAGCACAAACACAGCUGUGCCAGCUGCGGUGCCUCGCACCCGAACAGCAUGGGCGCUGUUCUCCUGGACCACGUCGAGAAGCAGAAGAAUUCCCUCAACAGCCGCAGCAAUUGCCCCGGGGGAUGCACCCCUACUGCGCAUGCCGCCCACCACGAGCAGCUAGCGCAACACUCUGCCGUGGAGAAGCUCGUCGAGCAGCUCGAGAUGGAGGUGUUUAACACGAUUCAGGCGCACUACAAGUACAUCCUGCGCGUCCUCAUCUCUCCCAAUGCGGAGCUGCUCGUGACGUGCAGUGCCGACUACUCAGUCGGUCGGUUCUUGGUGCCGGAAGCCCUGCGACUGACGUCUUCAGCGGCGCCCACUGGCACGAAAUCUUCUGCACCGGCAGCAGCGAACGCGGCCGCGCAGCCUGCCUCGACGCGUCCGAGUGGCAUUGGAAACGACGGUGAAGGUGAAGCGGAGAGCAACAAAAUUGACGAGGCUGAAGUGUGCAGCGACACAUUGAUUCCCUCUUCUGCGUCCACGCAGGCUCUGGCGCCGACCACAGGCUCGCACGUUAGGAGCGGCAGCGACCAGCCGGCUCAGGUGCAGCAGUCUCAGCUGGGCAGCACGACGGACUCGAAGACGAGCAAUAGCUCCCCAAAUGAGAACGCCACGGUCGCCACUGCCUCUGGUGGCAACAACAGCAACACCGUCGCCCCCGACGCGACCGUUUCUGGUUCCACUACCCACUCCUUAGAAGGCACCCCCAUCCGAGGUUUCAAUGACGGCGUUGUCGAUGAGUCGCUGCAGCCACACAUGGAGUUUCAGCCGCUCAAGCCGCUCUCUGGGCAUAGCCGGUGGGUCUGGGACGGCGUCUUCAGUGACUGCAGCAACUUUCUCUUCACAGCUAGCAGCGACAACACGCUGCGCAUGUGGAACGGACUCAUGACGGAGCGUCCGCAGUCUGUCAGCUUUGUCGGGCACACCAAGCCCGCUGUGGCGGUGCUGCUGUGCUACGACAAGCGGCGUCUGAACAGUGUAUAG